AUGUUGCAUAUUUUGAAAUGCUAUUUGUUUUUAUAUUCAAAUGCAGGGACUUGGUGUGCUAGUUAUUAUCAAUAUGGAAUAAAGUAUUCAAUACCAAGUCAUCCAUUAAACUUCAAUGAGUGUGUUCAUGGUUACGGUCGUGAUGAUAUUGGUGAAUUUACUAUAACGGGAAUCUAUUCAAUUGAAACAUUACGCAUGGGUAUAACAAAAACUUAUAAACUAGGUACAGGUGAUAGAAAACAAAAUUUAGGACAUAAUGUCGAAAUACAAUUAGAUUGGAAUGAGAAAAUAAAUGAAUUUCGUGGAAAAUGGUAUGUUCAAACAUCGAUGUAUCAUGGCGAUGGUGAAUAUCGAUUCAAAUUCAUAGAAUGA